UGUUUGUUUACUCAGGAAGAGUUGGGUGCCAAAGUCCAUAGUUUAUUUUUUAAAUCUAGAAAUCGUCCUUUUUAUACAUUGAGUGUCUUAAAUGCACGUAAAAUAAUGGCAGAGAGACUGAAAACAGUUUUUGGACACUUGGAUCCAACUGGCUUGAUAUCUUGUGUACCAACAGUUUCUACAGGCGGGGUUGUGCCUGAUGUUAGUACUAAUUUUCUCUACACUCUAGACAAUUCAGUUUUGUCGUAUGAGCAAAGGAAAUUCUAUGAAGACAAUGGAUAUCUAGUCAUCAGGAAUCUAGUCUCAAAGGAGAAACUUGAUAAAUACAGGGAUGAAUUUGAGAAGAUAUGCAGAAAGGAAGUGGAAGUGCCUAAUCUAAUCAUUAUGAGAGAUGUGGCCAUAGCCCGCUCAGAGUUUGUUCCUGGACAACAGGCUAUCACCAAAAUCCAGAGCUUUGAAAAUGACGAAGUUUUAUUUAGCUAUUGUGCUCUACCAGAGGUGAUCAAAUAUGUCCAGGCAUUCACAGGAAGGACUGUCAAGGCCAUGCACACCAUGUUGAUCAACAAACCACCAGAUCCAGGUAAGAAGAGUUCGAGACACCCCCUGCACCAGGACCUUCAUUACUUCCCCUUCAGGCCAGCAAACAGAGUUGUCUGCUCUUGGACAGCCAUGGAGAAAGUGAACCGGGAAAAUGGGUGUCUGGUUGUGUUGCCUGGAACACACAAAGGGGAGCUACUCCAGCAUGACUACCCUGAAUGGGAGGGAGGUGUAAACAGGAUGUACCAUGGAGUUCGAGAUUUUGAUCCCAAUGCUCCUAGAGUCCAUCUUCCCAUGGAGGCCGGAGAUACUGUCUUCUUCCACCCUCUGCUGAUCCAUGGAUCAGGAAUGAAUAGGACCAAGGGAUUCAGAAAGUCCAUUUCAUGCCACUAUGCCUCUGGAGAAAUUGAGUUCAUUGAUGUCAAAGGCUCCAUUCAAGGCAGUCUGGAGAAAGAAGUCAUUGAAACUUACGCCAAAAAGUUGAUUGCACGAGGCAUUGACCCCUCACAAGUCAGCAUGAAGGACCUGUGGAUGUACAAGGCCAGAGAUGUGUCUUUACCAGAGGACAAAUAAUUCUGAAGGGUCCGUUUGAAAACAAAAUCAUCAAAUAUAAACAAGAUUGACUUAAACAGACACUUAUAGAUAGUAAUGAAGCUGACUUCUAGAUAGACAAUAAUUUCAAUGCUAAAAAGAUGAAAUAGAUUUUAAUUUAAACAGAAAAAUGAUGGUAGAUGACUACAUGCAAAAUUUUUGUGUAUUCACCAACUGAUAAAUACAUGUACAGGCCUUGAUUCAUAUCAGAACAUUUUGUGAUAAUUCACUGUUGUUGUUGACUUAAAUAUUUUCUGGCGUUAUCAUAUUUAGACUUUCACAAAUGUAGGUCAUAGAUAAUUUG